UUCCCCUCCUAGGAAUGGUGCAAAAGCUGGACCAGAAACUUCCAGUGGCCAACGAGUACCUGUUGCUCUCUGGAGGUGUCCGGGAAGGUGUGGUGGACCUGGACUUAGAUGAGCUCAAUGUCUAUGCCCGGGGGACCGACUAUGAUAUGGACUUCACCCUCCUGGUGCCAGCCCUUAAGCUACAUGACCGUAACCAGCCUGUGACCCUGGACAUGCGUCACUCAGCCUUGUGCCACUCUUGGCUGAGCCUUCGGCUCUUUGAUGAGGGGACGAUCAGUAAAUGGAAAGACUGCUGUACCAUCGUGGAUCACAUCAACGGCUCCACCAACUAUUUCUUCUCCCCAACCAAAGUGGCCGGCUGGUUUUAUGACUCCAUCAGCAUCGUCCUCUCCGAGAUACAGAAGAAGCCCCAACGAGGCAUGCCAAAGGUGGAAAAGGUAGAAAAGAAUGGGACCAUCAUCUCCAUCAUUCUGGGUGUGGGGAGCAGUCGCAUGUUGUACGAUAUUGUCCCUGUGGUAUCUUUCAAAGGUUGGCCGGCAGUGGCCCAGAGCUGGCUCAUGGAGAACCACUUUUGGGAUGGGAAGAUCACCGAGGAAGAGGUCAUCAGUGGGUUUUACUUGGUGCCUGCCUGCUCCUAUAAGGGGAAGAAGGACAAUGAAUGGCGACUGUCCUUUGCCAGGAGCGAGGUGCAGUUGAAGAAAUGCAUCUCUAGCAGCCUCAUGCAGGCCUACCAGGCCUGCAAAGCCAUCAUCAUCAAACUGCUGUCCCGGCCCAAGGCCAUUAGCCCCUACCACCUACGGAGCAUGAUGCUCUGGGCCUGCGACAGACUGCCUGCCAACUACUUGGCUCAAGAAGACUAUGCAGCCCACUUUUUACUGGGCCUCAUCGAUGACCUGCAGCACUGUCUGGUCAACAAGAUGUGCCCUAAUUACUUCAUCCCUCAGUGCAACAUGCUGGAGCACCUGUCGGAGGAGACGGUCAUGCUCCACGCUCGGAAGCUCUCCUCCGUGCGCUCAGACCCUGCGGAGCACUUACGCACCGCCAUCGAGCACGUCAAAGCUGCCAACCGGCUGACGCUGGAGCUCCAGAGGCGGGGGAGCACCACCAGCCUCCCCUCCCCGCAGUCGGACGGCGGGGACCCCAACCAACCCGAUGACCGUUUGGCAAAAAAACUGCAGCAGCUAGUGACUGAGAACCCGGGAAAGUCCAUCUCCGUCUUUAUUAACCCCGAUGACGUCACCAGGCCCCAUUUCCGAAUUGAUGACAAAUUUUUCUGAGCGUUUGCUGCCCCAUUGUCCCCUUCCCCAUUCUGAAACUCUCACGUGUAGUGCGGUUUGUGAUGCUGUCUUUCCGUUUUUUACAUAUCCAGCCUCGAUUGGAUCUGUUAAGAACACAUGUUACGUUUCCUGGUUCUGCAGGAUGGCGCAGGCUCUGAAACAGUAUAUUACUAUUUCAUAUUCUGCCACGGAUUUCGUUGUUUACUUUUUGUGGUUAUUGUCACAUGGUUUGUUGUUUUUUGUUUAAGGAGAACUUGAGCCAUAGAAGAAAACGACCAUGAAUUCUCUUGCUUUUUUCUGUUUCAUAUUUUGUGCAAACUUGUUAAUAGGGAUGGGGAAACAAUCUCUUUCACUAAGGAGUAUAUUCCUUUUUGUUUUUGUUUUGUUUUGUUUUAUGAGCUUUCAUCACUACAGGUAUGUGAGAAUCACCUGAACCUGGGAACUACCUGGUAUGUUAGCUGGAUGUCUUUCUUAUGACUAGGGGCCUAAGUAGUUUCCCCCUGUCCAGCAAAGGAUGUAGACUUUGCCGGAAUGAGAAUGCUACCAAUUGUGUUUUGGAGCAACUUCAUUGAAUGUAAUUGUCCUCAAAUCAGAACUUUAGAUGGUUUGGAGGGUGUAUCUGACAACUUUCCAAACAGAAUUAAAGUUUCCAAAUGGUAGAUUUAGUGUGUGUAAUUAUUUGAAGCCUUAUUUAAAUCUUAUCAAAGAACAUACCAUUAUAAUUGUUAUUUGCACUAAUGAAAUCUUUACCAUUAUCAGAGUUCUAAUGGUUGUGUUUCAAACUCCUGUUGAAAUGUCAUUUUUCAUUUAGCCCAUCCUCUCCAUCGACAGAACAAUUCUUCACAUUUGUUUUGUUCUCCUUUAAUUGUGGGGCCCUGUUUUGCCCUCCUUGAUUUUCCUGGUUCCUGUCUUAUUGAGAGAAGUGUUUAAAGCUUUAUACCUGCGAAGAGACUUUACCUGAAGCUGGGGAAAAUACCUCCUUGAUAAAGUUGGUGUCUUUGUGUUUCUUUUGGGGUUAUAGAAGUCAGCUUUUUUGUAAAGUCUCUUUGCUUUUACUGAAACUUUGAGGAAAAUUGGCAGGGAGGAUUUAUAACCCCCAAAUAGAAGAUAUCAGACCCAUUCAAAAACAGUCUGCUAUUGAACAGGAACCAGGAAGGCUGGAUGGCAGCUUUGAUGCAGCGAUGUCCUGUGUUCAUGAAUGAAAUAAUUUGCCAGUCCAGGUAUUACCAGGCAUCGGUGCCCUGUUUUGGAAUAGACUCCUGGCACCACAUGGUGUUUGAGAGGUCACGGGGUGUGCCAGUGUCUCAAUGGAUGACCAUGAUGUCUAUUAUUGGAAAGGCCAAGUAACAUUUUGGUUUUGGUUUUGAAUGUCCAGACUUCCAAGUAGGAUUUUGGCCAAUUAAAUUUAGACAUAAUGCUGUCUUGGGUUUUUGCAUGGGAAUUACUGUAAUGUUUAUAAAUGAAAAUGAAAUCAUUCAACCAUCUUAAGUCAAACACAAAAAAUAAUAAU